GGGACGUCAGAGGACAGCGGCAGACGGGACACCGUGAUCUUUUAUGCCAACGUCACCAGCCUGACGGACAAAGCAUGGAAAUUCAUUGCGGCCAAGCCAACAGCGUUUGACCAUUGGGCAAUAGUUGAACCGCACAUUCACAUGGGAUCAGAGCUCAACAAGCUGGCUAAAUAUGCGAAGAAGCUCAACCUUCGCACAGCGGUCAACCCUGUCAGACGCUCGCAGCGGCCUGCCUCGAUAUCCAACGAGCCGAAGGCCAGCGAGGGCGGCGAGGUGUGGUUCAGCCAGAAGCAUCUGGAGUGCGGUGUCUUGGGUGAG